AUGACGAAUUGUCCAACGGCGUUUGCGGUGAUAGUGUCAUUUACCGCUGAUACCCAGAAAUGCUACGGGCACGCUACACUGAUGAUGGCGGUCCGUCAACUUUUCAAAUCCAGAAGCGGUUGUCAUCAUUUAUCUGCUGAAGAACUAAAAUCCCAUUGGGCGGGGGUACUGGAGGAUCCGAUUUAUAGCGCGUCAAUCAAUAAACUUCCGGAAAUAGUACAGAUACGGAUUAUUACGGGUGGAUUUACUGCCAAAGUUAGGUGCACCUACAAUCCUACUACAGUACCCCAUGGGCUUGAAUUCAAGUUGCCAAUGAAGAUAAUUGUUGGAGAUGUGUUUGGAUUGUAUGCUGGUUUGGUUCGCGACAUUCGUGGUGACAUCGAUCCUAGCGGACGCACUGAUCUGCUCAAAAUUCUGGAUCGUGCUAAGAUCAGGAAACAAAUUACAUCAUUUGAUCAAAAAAACAACUUUACUGCAAAUGCAGUCCUUCAAAUUGAUAUGUGUUCCAUAACGGUCCGCUCAGUCUUUGAUGAUGAACUUCUGCUUUACGUACCUAUUCACUUGAUUGCAUCUGUUGGUUUUGUUCGUGAAGCUCAUGAAUACAUCCUUCCUGUAAGGGUGGGAUACAGCAGUGCUCGGAACCGUGACUUCUUUGACCUUGCUGUCGUAUAUUGUGAAACCGCAGAUGUAGCGGAAACAAUUUGCAACAUCCUGGGACAAUUCUUCUUUCAAGUUUACAAAGAAGUUGCCAGUAGUUUUGAAAUGAGUGCUUCGAAAGAAAUGCCAAUUACCUCCGCGGCUUCUGUCUAUAAUCGUCGUCCAUUAUUCUUAACAGAAUCAUAUCAAGAUUUGUGUAUCAGCAGUAGUCAUCCUCCUUGUUCAACUGCUGCUUCACACAGUGAAUCCGCAGAGGUACAAAUUGACGAUGUCAUAGAAGAUUAUAUGAAUGUGUUGACAAAGUGUCUAACAACUAGUGAGCUUUCGCAAUAUGCAACGUUGAUUGUGAGAUUUCGGGACGGUUCUCUGCCUAUUAUAGAACUAGCACAAAAGUCAAGUGAGUUAUAUGGACCAAACAGGUUACAUUUGCUUACAGGCAUGCGAUGCUUACUGAAGAACAGGAGCAAAGAAGAAAUCGAAUCUUUCGAUAGUUUCAUCGAGAUGUUGCGGUUGAGCAGCAGAGACCUGAAUUCAGAAUAA